AGAGUGGUUAGUGAUGUGAGCUUCUUUGCAUUAAUUUUCGACAUGGAUAUUUCAGAACAUUCAGGUUAUAAAGAUUUUGUGUGGGCGGUUAAAUUAAAUCGCUUUGGUUUGGAAUUAAUUGGUUUGUGGCCGAAAAACGAUGAAAUCACCAAGAAUACCUUCUAUUCUGAUUUGCGCGUGGGCAUUAUUCUUAUAAUAGUAACAUUUAUUUCUGGUAUUCCCUUGAUAUGGUCUCUUUUGCGAGUCUGGGGUGACAUACUACUUAUGGUAGACAACCUCCAAGUUACUUUACCUCUACUAGUGGUCUCAUUGAAACUUAUUAUCAUGCGAUGGAAACGAACAGCUAUUUUAUCUAUUGUAAAAAUGAUGGCAGAGGAUUGGACAGAAUCGAAGACAACAAAAGAAAGAGAUGUAAUGAUAAGACGAGCACAGAUUGCUCGGGUGAUUGUCAUAUGUGGGUACGUUUUGAUGGUGUUGGCGUUCAUCAUGGUCGUCGUUCUUCCAUAUUUUGGCUUACCAUUAAGACACUUGACAAAUCUUACGGACCCAAACAAACCAUUGCCGCUGCAGACUUAUUAUUUUUACGAUAUUAUUAAGAGUCCGCAAUUUGAACUAACAUUUGUUGCUCAAGCGAUUACGAUUUUCUUGGCUGCUGUAACCUAUACGUCGGUAGAUGCCUUUCUUGGACUCACGAUUCUUCAUCUCUGCGGCCAGCUGGAGAACUUCAAAGGCCGAUUAGCUGUUUUGGAUUCAAGCGAAAAUUUUACUUACAGUCUGAGUAACAACGUGGUAAAUCAUUUACGACUCAUCAGAUUUGCCAGUAUCGUCGAAGACUCUUUCACUUUAAUGAUGCUAACACUAAUGUUCUACUUUGGCAUUGUAUUCUGCUUACAUGGGUUCCUAUUAAUUACUGUGAUUACCGAAAAAGGUAACAUUACUUUGGCGCGACUGUGCUUUCCGUUAAUUGGUAUUACAAUUUUACUUACGCAUACUUUUCUUUAUUGUGGAGCUGGAGAGAUUAUUAUAAGUCAAUGUGAAGGAGUAUAUCGUACAAUGUGCAACGUAAAAUGGUACAAACUGGAGCCGAGAAAGGCAAAAUCUCUCAUCCUAUUAAUGAUACGAGCUCAUCAACCAUUUCGCAUUACCGCGGGGAAAAUAUUCCCACUUACGAUGACCACAUUUUGUAGCCUAUUAAAAACAUCGGCUGGCUACAUAUCUUUCUUAUUGGCCAAGCGAGGAUAA